AUGGUGAAGGAUUUCCAUGGCGCCAAUGUACGCACGUACAAGGUGAGUCAGUUGCGUGCAUUUCAACAAGCCAGAUGUGAUGGUGGUCAAAAAAAAAAAUGGGUGGGAGAAAUAGGAAAGAAAAAUGCUAACGAGAAACAUACCGGUCAAAAAGUUGUGGGACAGCAUAAAAGGAAAUGGUGCGAGCUCACAUCAAGCAUAGUUAACAUUGAAAUUUCUCAACGGCAAACAUUUCUGCGGGCAAAAGAAACACCCUUCGGUGAGGACUCAGAAAAACAAUUAUUGGAUAAAGUUUUGCCGCAUCCCAACAUUCCAUCCAUAUACGGAGUUAAUAUGACUAAGAAAUUAUUAGUCAAAUAUCAAGGACCUAAUUUAAAUUUUUGA